CGUGUCAGCAGUGUACACAGGAGCCACUCCGUUACGUUACCAUGCAACGUCGAACAGGUUGCGAGACAAGAAAGUAUUAGGUUUCUAUAAAAAGAAAGCCUCCAAGCGGAGGCUUGAAUAGAGAAUUCUGUGGAAAUAUGACACAGGAAGACAGACGUGGAAAGUGAUUAGAGGCGGCUUCAGAGCUGGGCGACUGGAAAUUAAUUUUUAGAGUGAUGUUUUGCAGCGUGUGACAGAUCAGAAUUAUAUACUAGUGGGAGCUCAUUAUCAGAAAAAUAUGAAGAUGUAAAAGAUGUUCUUUUCCCCUGGUCUCAAAAUGUCAACAUUGUGAUGGUUGAAAAAGAACUUGAAUUUUCUUAUGCAAAAAUGGCCUUUCUGCGAGGUUUUUCCAAUGGGAUGGAGUCCAUCGUACCACACACAAGGAUCGAGGAUGAAUCUGUUAUCAAGCUACUCUAUCAGUUUGAACAGGACCUGGGAAAAGGCAGCUUUGGUGUCGUCAUCCAAGCCACACACAUCCCCACAGACACCAAGCGGGCUAUCAAAAUACUCAACAAAGAAAAGGCUGGAAGCUACGCUGUGAAAAUGUUGGAGAGAGAGGUUGCCAUCUUGAAGAUGGUGAAGCAUGAGCACAUCAUUAAACUGGACGAGGUUUACGAAACUACAAAGAAAGUCUACCUGGUCAUUGAGUUCUGUAAACUCGGGGAGUUGAAGGGAGUUCUGGCAGAGAAAGGCCACUUGAGUGAAUCGGAAACCAAAUACAUCAUCACCAGCUUGGCCAGCGCAAUCUUUUACCUCCACAGAAACGAUAUUAUUCACAGGGAUCUGAAGCUGGAAAACAUUCUCGUGAAGGGUAAUGAUAACCGAGAGGAUGAAGAACUGAAACUCAACAUCAAAGUGACCGAUUUUGGUUUGUCCGUGUUGAAGGAUGGAGCGGGAGUCGGCAGUGAGUCCAUGCUGCAGGACACGUGUGGCACGCCGUUAUACAUGGCCCCGGAAAUCAUCAACAACUAUGAUUACAGCCAGCAAUGCGAUCUCUGGAGCAUUGGCAUCAUCAUGUACACUCUGCUGUGUGGCCAAGCUCCCUUUACAGCUACAACCUCGGAAAAACUGUACAAGGAAAUCAAGAAUGGAGAGCUGGAUUUUGCCCAUUCGUCUCUGAAGUCGCUCAGUGAGAGCGGUGACUGUGUGUUAAAAAGGCUUCUAAUAGUAGAUCCCGCUCACAGGAUGACAGCAAGUGAACUGCUAAAUCACCACUGGAUAACGGGAGAUGCCAGGAAGCAGAGACCCAAAAAUGUGCUGGAAAUGAUGAAGCAGUGGAAGCUGGACGCGAGCAGCGAGAGUGAGGAGUUGGCUGAAGAGAACGGAGUGGAUGAAGACAAGAACUUGGCAUCUUCUGCGGAAAGCACCAAGGCCGAGUUGAAUCCUGAUAAGCUGCAUCCUGUUGCCAUAAAGCCAAGAGGUCCAAGGCAGAAGCGCUAUUCUCUUGACAGCUCGUCCCUACCGGCUACUUCGGGUUCGAAACCGCCCACACAGUUGAACAGAAAAGGACGGAGAAAGUCUGAAACUGCAGCAAACUCAAGAAUAUUGAACAAAGUAAACAGCCAGCAGGCCCUGCUGAAAAGAUAACCCCUUGCCAAGGGGUCACGUCAGGGUUCAAGCCCUCGCACUAAUCGCUCAUUCCAAGCAACUUUUCAGCAUCCGGUCAACGGACAACACUCAUACUCUUUGUUAAUUUAUUUAUCAGGAGCGUUGUUCUACCAAACACUGUUCAGCUUUCAUCUCGUAAAUGUAACGAACCGGGUCCCAUUCCUUUAUGAGACGUGCCAUCUUGUAAUCACUCUCUCGUAUAGGCCCUUUGUUAGAUAAUCACCUUGGCCAUUAUCAGAUCCAAAUUGAUAGAAAGAUUUAACAUGGAAGCAGGGCCUUCAGCCCACCGAGUUCACACUGAUCAUUGCUCACCCGUUCACAAUGGUUCUCUGUUAUCUCACUUCCUCAUCCACACAGUAUAUAGAGGCCAAUUCACCUAUAGACAAUA